AUGAUCAACGCGAAAAUCGCGGGACUCGUCGAUAAUCUUUUAUCAGUUAAUGAUGCGGCAAACCCCUCUCUCACUUACACUAUCACCGAGGAUAUUAUCAAAGAAGCCGCCGAACUCUGCGCUCAAAUCGUGCUUGCGCAGGACACCAUGAUUGAAAUAGAAGCGCCUGUGAACGCACUGUACCUACUGAAGUACUUUUCGGUACAGUGUAUUUCGGACGUUCAGGUUUGUGGCGAUAUACAUGGCCAAUAUCCUGACCUUUUACGAAUAUUUAAUCGAUGCGGUUAUCCUCCCGACUGUUCCUAUCUUUUCCUAGGCGAUUAUAUCGACAGGUAA